UCUUGGUCGAUUUUUAUGGUACAAUUUUGUUAGCCGUUAUAUUAGGUUCUCUUAUUCAAUUGACGUCAAUAUAGUCGAUAGUACGUUACUGAAUUGUAUAAACUCUAAUCUAAACCACUAUUAAUGGAGACAAAUUUGCUAAUGUCAGACGAUUCUUUAGGCAAAUCCAACUGCAACUUUGAAUGAAAAGUCCCAAACUUUAAUGAGACGUUGAUCUUUUCAACCUCUAAAAUCCUUAUUUUCCCAAUUCUUCUUCAUAAUCACACAUUUUCACCUCAGAAACAUAUCUAGCUAAUUCUCUGAAGCAUCCAUGGAAGCUCCUCCACCUUCAAGCGAUCCAUACAAGUUCCUCAACAUUACACUUAACUCAGAUGGAUCUCUCACCAGACACCGUGAUUUCCCCAAACUGCCCCCAACAGAGCAAUCCAAAGACAUACCAUUAAACCAAACCAACAAUACCUUCAUCCGAAUCUUCAAGCCACGGAAUAUUCCGCCGGAAUCCAAACUUCCGAUCCUCGUUUACUUUCACGGCGGUGGAUUUAUCCUCUACAGCGCCGCUUCAGCUCCUUUCCAUGAAUCUUGCACCAAAAUGGCUGAUCGUCUUCAAACUAUAAUCCUCUCCGUCGAAUACCGUCUAGCUCCCGAACACCGUCUCCCGGCGGCGUACGAAGACGCCGUCGAAGCUAUCUUAUGGCUCCGUGAUCAAGCUCGUGGGCCAAUCAACGGUGGUGAUUGCGACACGUGGUUAAAAGACGGUGUCGAUUUCUCGAAAUGCUACGUCAUGGGUUCAAGCUCUGGAGGAAAUAUUGUCUACAACGUGGCGUUGCGUGUAGUUGACACAGAUCUUUCUCCUGUUAAGAUCCAAGGGCUGAUAAUGAACCAAGCUUUCUUCGGUGGCGUUGAGCCGUCGGAUUCUGAGUCACGGCUUAAAGACGAUAAGAUCUGUCCGUUACCAGCUACUCACUUGUUGUGGUCACUUUGUUUACCGGACGGUGUAGAUCGUGACCACGUGUACAGUAAUCCAAUUAAGAGCAGUGGGCCUCAGGAAAAAGAUAAGAUGGGACGUUUUCCGUCGACUCUUAUCAACGGUUACGGUGGGGAUCCUUUAGUGGAUCGUCAGAGACACGUGGCGGAGAUGUUAAAGGGACGUGGAGUUCACGUGGAGACGAGGUUUGAUAAAGAUGGGUUUCAUGCUUGUGAGUUGUUUGAUGGGAACAAAGCUAAGGCCCUGUACGAAACCGUUGAGGCCUUUAUGAAGAGUUGUUCAUCAACUGGCCCAUCGUCCAACUCCAACAUGUAGUAGUCUGAUCUAAUCAUGUUUUACGAACUAUAUAUAUAUCUAGCUAAUAAUUAAAUUCCUACAACUAUUACGCAAUUUUUGUUGUUUUAAGUCACAUAUGAUAUGUGUGGUGCAAUGGAAAAAUGUAUACCCUUUCAAUAAAUAUAGUGGAUGCAAUUUAAUCUAUUUACUAAUACUAAUUUUAACGAUGUCCAAAGAGAAUUGGAUGUUCUGUGAGCUACGUUUUA